GGUAGAAACAAAAUAAAAUAAAAUGUCUCUCUGUGGAAAGAUGGAAGCUGAAAUUGAAAUGAAGGCUCCUGCUGAUAAAGUCUUUGAAUUCUACACUUGCUUAGCUUACCAAAUGUCAAAAUCCAGCCCUGAAAUGCUUCAGAGUGUUGAUUUGCAGAAAGGUCAAUGGGGCAAAAAGGGCUCCAUUCUCUGCUGGAACUAUUUAAUUGAUGGAAAAGUUGAAAAGAUUAAGAUGAUAACUGAAGAAAUCGAUUACAGAAACAAGUCAGCGACUUACAAAACGAUAGAAGGAGAUCUCCUUGAAUUCUACAAGAGCUUCAGUUUCAUUCUUCAAGUUACUCCAAGGGAAGAAGGCAGCCUGGUGCAUUGGAGUUUCGAAUAUGAGAAGCUGAAUGCCAAUAUUCCAAAUCCGGAAACAACUCUGCCGGCUGUCGUCCAUGCCUGCAAAGAUAUUGAUGCUCAUCUUACGCAGGCAAAGACUCAGAGUUCUCCUCAACUUCAGUGAAACUAAUGAGAAUCUGCAUAAUAGAUUUAUGCAUGUUUGCUCAUUGGAGUUGUCUGUAUAAGACAUGAAUAAAAAGAUCGCGUUGUUUCAGUUUUAGGCCAAUUUCGGAUUUGAUGUAACUUUGUAAACCUUUUUUUUUUCACUCAUGACUCUAUUUAAAAAAAUAAUAUA